AUGCCCCCGCGAAAUCUGGACGUAACACGAUCGCAAUCGUCCAUGAAUAUCGAAAACCUAACAUCAAUUCCCGUUGGAGGAAGCAUUACUCUGAUAAACUACUCCCAUACGCAACUACCGACUGAAUGCAACACGAGCUCGGCGAAAGAUCGCGGUUGGGCUUGGGUUGUGUGCGGCGGAUCUUUUUUCGUCAUGUUCAUGGUUUAUGGAAUUCAUACGUCGUUCGGUGUUCUUCUCGUGGUAUUACUUGAUCAUUUCAAUGCAAACAAAGCAAGUACCGGUAAGUAAAGCAUACGAUUUUUUUCUCUUUAGACCGCUCAAAUCUACAGAGUAGUUAAGUAUUUUAUGCCAUUAGUAACUACCCUAAGAAUCGCUUCAGAUAUCGUGGCUGUAUAACUUUCCUUCGAAGGAAAUUGUAGGCCUAAAAACACACAACUUUCGAUCGAAAAAGCUGCUGACAGGAAAACCUUAAUUAGAGUUGUUUGUCAAAGUAAGCCAUUCCAACUAAUGUUUGUAGCAAUUUUUCAAACCCACAGUCAGAAAUGUAUCCACUUGAUUUCCAAAUCAGCAUUUAUGUCCUUCAAAUCACCCAUGCGAAUCAUUUGCAGAAAAGCAUACCUCUUUUCGAUAAAACUGACACAUAAUCUUUUAGUGCAAUGCUUUAUCGACGAAAUACAAAAAAAGAUCGAGAACGUAAAAUAUGUUCAUGUUUUAAGGAGAGACUUCUUUCUGUGGCGAUAGCGCGUCGUAGUUAUUGUUAGAAAUAUACUGUAUUUUAAGAUUGCAACGAAGCGUAAAUUUCGAGUUUCAAAUGCAAUCCAAUGGUGUAGAAUUACCGAUUCAGUGAUGUAGUUAAUCGACAGAGGAAAUAACAACAGGCUGAAAACGAAAAUCGAACGCCGAUUUGUAAGAGACGAAUCAUAAUGUUUAGGUUUACUUUGCAGAGUGAUACGAGCGUUUUAUGCAAAUUUCUUGGCCUCGUGGAGGCCAAGAUUAACACUGCAAUUAUUCUAGUUAGGGAUUAUGUACGAUAGCGAUUUAGGAAAAUCCCUGGCCCUCAAAAAUAGCUAUAUCAAUGUAAGCAACAAUGUAUAGCGCAAAAAAAAUCAGAUCUGAUACAGAAAUAUCCUAAAGCAACGUGGACUAGCAUUUAUUUGACUCGUGAAUUCUGCCUGGCUUUAUUGUAUUCUGCUUUUAAUAUUAGCGACGGUUAAAUCGGCACUUAAAAUAAAGUUUCCUUUUCGUUCUACGAAUGCCCAUCGAGGAAAACGUUCGCUUUAGUUCUAGAAACAAAUUUGUGUUGGUUUCUUUUUUUUUUUUUCCAAAAUUUCACUCUAUCAUUAUAUAAUCAUAUGCAAAUAUGAUUGACUGAAAAAGUUGUUACCUUCGAGAGUUUAUUUAGCGGUCAAUAAUAAAAAUAUGCCCCAUUAAGCCAGCCGAGAAAUUUCUUAAGAGAUUGCAAAUAAAAAGUCAUCAUGGUCUUUAAUCGCACUACGUGGCGUGUAUUCGCUAGCCGAAAACAAACUAAAACAAUUUCAAAGCGACGAAACGAAACGAAAAAAAGGGAUGUAAUGCAAUCAGCAUGUUGUUAGUCAGUGAACGAGUUGGUUUCCGCUGAAUUUUUGUUUUAAGCGAUGUAUUAUUAACAAAAAAUCUUUUCCUCGGCACAAAAGCAAACUCUAAUUCUUUAAUCAAGUGAUCAUGUGUGCGAUCAAUUUGUACAUUCGCAUGAUAAAAUUUCCAAGGAAGACAAGUAUCCUUCAGUGUUUAGAAAGCAGAUGCUUUUGUUGAGUUUUCUAGUAAUUAGACCACAUGCAGUCGAAAAACUAACGUAAUGUCAGGUCUAAAACAGCAGAAAAAGGUGCGUGAGCAAAAGAAGAAAACAAAUAAAAGAUACCAUUUCCUCUGACGUACAAUAUUCAUCAAACACUUGUUAUAAUGUUACAAACAAAUAGCACGUUUUUCAAAACUUCUUAAAUUGUAAAUGGUUUCAGCUGUUUCACCUUAAAUUUUGUGUAAUUAGCCUAAUUGACAAAGGAUUUUUCUCCUUUUGUAAUCAGUAGAAAAUCAGUGUCACUCACGGCUCACAGAAAAUCCGAAAACAUGUUUUCAUCCACUGUAAAAGUUCUAGUUGGCGUCAACUCAGCAAAUUCAUAAAUAUCAAUGAACACCGAGAGUGCAUUCGAAAAAGAAAAAAAACCCUUAUGACUGUAAGAGUGUAAUAUCUGAAGUGGGAAGGGGUGAUUUCGCUCUGAGUGAUUUUUUCCUUCAUUAGUAUUAUUAAAUCUGUAUGACAAUCCUUCUAGCUAUUAGUAACUGCGUCAUGCUCGCCGUGAAUUCUUUCCGUGCUAACUUGAUAGAAAUUUGCGCCCUUAAUUGCUUUAUUGAAAUGAUGCAUUUUGUGUGAAUCUUUUACGUAUGGUUUCAGUAGUUUAAGGAUAAUGGUGGCCUUAAAUUUUCGCUGUUUUUUAUCUUUCCAACCACGAAUGACGCAUUUGAGCCGAUGCUAAGAAUCCUUUCCGUGACUGCUGGAACUUGAAAAUUGAAAAUUUGGGUUUUCCUUUAUUCCCCCUAAACUUCCGCGACAGAAGAUGAUCACGUAAAGCAAAAUGGUGUAUUUUACCGCAAUUAACAUGACUCCCUAGCGUUUAUUAUAUUAACAUUACAAACCAAGAUCAUUAAAAAUGCACCAAAAUUAAGAUUGAAACUAGAAAGUUCGACUUAAGGCUUCAACAUGCAUGGCGCUCAUGCAAAGUUACAUUUUUUAGACCAGCUGCGUAAAUCUUCGAGUCCUCUGUUAACUGAUUUACAUUACACGUUAUAUUGUAAGGAAAAUAGGAACUUCCUUUCUCAUCAAUGCGUCUUUCGCCAGCGUAACUGGCCGCCCUGUGAAAGUUUUCGACGGAUGAGCAGUAGAAAUUGGCAAAAAGCGUCUUUGAGAAUCCGGAAGCUCCGCUCCCAAUUUUCCCCACUCUGUCGUAAUUAAGUGUUCGAAAAACAUGCAUUUUACAAUUUCCAGAGUAAGUUUCAGUACGUGAUGUUAUGCAUGUGUUUUAGAUCUGAAAUUGCGCAACAGCUCACUUGCUAUCUCUUUUGUGGAAAACUUAAUUGUUAUCUGAUUUCUAUAAUUUGUGAGCUCUUAGCGGUAAAGCCAUCGCACUCGGAGAAAGCAUGGGUUAAUAUCAUGAUGGUUCUUUGCAUAAAGUUUUCACCUUUCUCUCCUUAAACUACUUCUUUCUUAUGAAGAUGAACGUGGCUAAGUGACGGUCUAACUUAUUACCUGGGGGUAUCGGAGGAUUUGACUGUCUUCAUAAAAUCUACCUGAUCACCCCUCCCUAAGGCUUUGCAGCAUUCUAAUGACCCCUUCCCUCCCCCUCCCCCCCCCCUCAUUGGCAGUAAAUUUUCUCUACUUUCACCUUUAUACUCCGUUAGCGACGACGGAUCUUCUUUCCGUUCUUCUUUGAAGCCAUGUGAACCCAAAAAACCCCUCCGACCCCCUCUAAGUGCUUAUUACUGACUAGUACCCAGGACGAAGAAAAUUGACACAGUUACAAAAGACAAACUUGGAGAAUCAUUCAGUAUACACUAACCAUGACCUGGUUAACCUUUAAAUGGUUUUUUAGGUCAUUGUAAACAAAACGAUGAAUCGUUUUUAAAACUAAUAGAGACUUCCUUUUUUCCUCAGCUUGGAUUGGUUCAAUAUCUGUCAAUCUUCUCUUCCUCUUCAGCCCCGUCACCAGUUCUCUUGCGGGGCGUUAUGGUGUCCGUAUUGUCACGAUCGCCGGAGGACUUGUUAUGAGUGUUGGACUUUUUCUAAGCUCAUACGCGCCUAGUCUUUUAUUUCUGUACAUCAGCUACGGUUUACUGCUGGGUAUAGGAACGAGUCUUUGUGCGACAAUGGCACUAAUUGUGUCAGCGGAUUACUUCGACAAACAUCUUUCUUUAGCCACCGGUAUUGUCGCAUCGGGAAGCAGUUUUGGAACUGUAGUUUUCCCACCUACUCUACAACUCAUUGUACAACGAUACGGAUGGGAAUCUUCUUUUCGUAUAAUGGGUUUAGGGGGGAUAAUGAUGGCCAUUACAGGACUGGUUUAUAGGUCCGUGAACAGGCAAAAUCAUGUUCCUCUCGGCGCUGAAAGAAAUCAGUGCUUUGAUAUGUCGGUGUUAAAUAAUCGCGGCUUUGUGCUGUGGACGGUUGCUACUACCAUAGCAGGAUUUGGUUAUUUUAUACCGCAUUUUUUUCUAGUAAGUAAGUCUAUUUAACAAUAAAAUUAUGAGCUUGAAAUUCUCAGGCGUGAUAGUUGAUGGAGGCGAAGACUUCAUAACUUAUCACGCAAGGAAUCGAGGGCAAAUAAUCUAAUAGGCUACGCAAAGUCCCUCUUCUCGGCGAAGUACGUUGCGCGUAUCAAAAGAAAUAUCGACAAAUAAGAAUGAUAAUAAUAAUGAUAAUAAUAACGGUAAUAAUAAUAAUAAUCGAUGUGGAUCUCUGAGAGGGAGGUGCUCGAAAAGAACGCGCCGUGCCUCACUCUCAGAGCAACGUUCCGCGCGACGCGUUACCAUUGAUGUUUUUCGUUGAUUUUGUUUUGGUCCGCACGGCGGACUUCGCUAGAACGGAGUGACCUCUCGUAGUAUAAUAAUCUAUUUGCUCCUUAAAAAAAUCUUCUAGUUUUUCAAACAUAUAGUAAAGACGGGCUCACGUUUUUUUGUGUUUGUUUUUGCUAUCAAUUGCACAUCGCCAGACUACUUUCUUCACUUAUUGUCGGUCACGGAAUAGGAAUUGGGUAGAAUGGCCCGAUCAGAUUGUAAGAUUUGUGAUAGAAAGCUUGCAGUCCCAGAGAUCACUUUCGUUGUAGUCCUAAGACACUUAUCACUUAAAAUUUAAGGUAGGUACCCUCUACAGGAAGUUUGGCGUGUCCAUCUCGAGAAUGCCUUGCAUGGAAAGAAAAAUAACUACUGCGGAAUUUAUCGAAUAUCUUUUUUUUUCGCUAGGUGCGACAUUCUGAAGACCUGGGAAUACCGCUGUCCCAAGGCAGCUGGCUCAUUUCCUAUCUCGGAAUCUCCUCGGCUCUCGGUCGGUUGCUCUUUGGGCGAAUCUCGGAUGCGUGUUCUUUUAAAAACAUUCAUAUAUACCGUUUAUGCAUGUUCUUAUCUGGGUUAGCCUCGGUAUUAUGUCCCUUAGCAAGCUCCUACUGGGCCCUUGUCGUGUAUGUUGUGGUGCUGGGAAUUCUGGAUGGUUCUUAUAUCGGACUCAUGUCUAUCGUGACCCUGGACAUUGUGGGAGUGCACAAAAUUGCCCCUGCCUGGGGAAUCUUGUUUUUCUGCCAGUCCUUCACUUAUUUGCUAGGCCCUCCAACAGCAGGUAACGUUAAAAUUUAAUUCUCCCUGGUUAUUUUUUCGCAUUCUUUAAACAAUUGGUUAGUUAGGUAUUUGUUUUUCAAUGAAUAUAUUGGCUUAAAGAAUUCUUGUUGCUUACUACACAAAUGUGGUUAGCUCAUACCGAGAUCGACAUGACAUCUCGUCAUCUGAUAAACCAUACCAAGUUUAUUAAACAUAUACCACUGAGUGGAGGUGGAGAAGAACCGUCAGUGAAAGAACGAGAAAAAACAUUGAACACAGCCCACGCGCCAUAUUAAGUCAAAGAAUCGAAAUCGUCUUCGAACGCGAUAAGACUAUGGCAGCCCAGUUUUGGAUUUUGGACACUAGUGUCCGAUUUUUGAUUUUGAGCAGUAGAGGUUCAUUCUGGAUUUUAAUUUAAACUCUAGUAUAAGAUUUUUAGUUUCGGACAAUGCCUUCCGAUUUGGAUUUUGGACCUUAGUGGCCGAUUUGUAUUUUGGACAGAAAUAUCCAAUUUUGAUUAGCGGACAUUAGCGUCCGAUUUUAAUUUUGGAGGCAAGUGGCCGAUUUUGGAUUUUGGACGUUCGUGGCCGAUUUUGGACGUUCGUGGCCGAUUUUGGACUUUGGACACUAGUGACGGAUUUUGGACUUUGGACGCUAGUGGCCGAUUUUGGAUUUUGAACCCUAAUGGCCGAUUUUGGAUUUUAAACGCUAGUGGAAAAUUUUGGAUUUUGGACUCUAGUGGCCGAUUUCGGAUUUUGGACAUUAGUGACCGAUUUUGGAUUUUAGACCUUAGUGGCCGAUUUUGGAUUUUAGACAGUAGUGGUUCAUUUUUGAUUUUGGGGGCGAGUGGCCGAUUUUGGAUUUUGGACGCGAGUGGCCAAUUUUGGAUUUUGGACACUUGUGGUCGAUUUUGGAUUUUGGACACCAGUGGCCGAUUUUGUAUUUUGGACACCAGUGGCCGAUUUUGUAUUUUGGACACCAGUGGCCGAUUUUGUAUUUUGGACACCAGUGGCUGAUUUUGAGUUUUGGACUCUAGUGGCAGAUUUCGGAUUUUGGACAGUAGUGGCCGAUUUUGGAUUGAGGACAGUAAUGUUGCAAACCAGUAGCCGAGUUUGGAGUUUGAACACUACUGGCUAAUUCUGCAUUUUGCACACUAGUGGCCGAUUUUUUAUUUUGGACGCUAGUGGCAGAUUUUGAAUUUUGCAGACUAGUGACCGAUUUUGGAUUUGGAACACUAGUGGCCGAUUUUUAAAUGAAUGAUGUCUGGGUUUUAGAGGAUACUUCUUCUGAUAUAUUUUCCAUCUAUACCGAUGAAAAAAUCUCUCCGUUGUAAUUGCCAGAUCACCCUGUCAAUUCUUUAGAGAGCUAAAUUGAACAAUCACUAAUUUAGGCGUGUGCCGGAGAUACAGUGGCCUAAUUUUUAGUGCACAUGACUGCGGGUCGAGUGGUCUGGGUUCGAGAGCUGGCCGGGAGUAUUAGUGGGAAACGGUUUAUUGUCAGAGAAGCCCGAUGAAUCGCUGGGGGUAACUUUGCGAUGGACUGGCAGGGGGAGGGGAGAGGGAGUAGUAAUGCUCCUAGUCGCCCUAAGGAUAAGCUCUGGCUGGGUGGGUUACAUAGCUCCAUUACAGGCAUGCAUAAAUGAAUUCUUAGAAGGAAAAAAUGUCAUUUCUUUUUUCAGGUUUCAUGUACGACCAUCUAAAAACGUUUAAACCUGUUUUUUAUUUGGCCGCUGGACCCAUGAUUUUUGGCGCAUUUCUAUUGCUCUUCGCCACACUGUGUAAGUCAAAUCAGACUUCUCUCGGCCGGCAGGACGUCACUAGCCUGGUGUCUUCUCCUAAACACUGCAAUGGACUGCACUCAAGUUAUCGACGCUGUUCUUGUCCUCCAAAAAUCUUGUUGACUGCACCAGGAGACAGAGAAUCUUUGAUAGUUGUGGAGCGGUUAACGGUCAUUUGAUGUUCAGAACUAAGAAUAUCGGUCUUAAUUAACCCUUUGACUCCUAGGAUCUAAUUGUUAAUUCUCCCCUCUAACUGCUAUAUAAUUCAUUGUAAAUUAGUUACGAGAAUUUGGUGUUAGAUCAAGAUAGCAACUUCUAGCUGAUAACUUUGAGCAUCCUAAAUAAUGUAUGGAUAUUAUAGGGAGAAAUUGUAUGUUAAUCUGACUUCUGGGAGUUAAAGGGUUAAAGCGACGAUCUACGUAAAGGGUUUGGUG